GAUACACUCCGUAUAUGCAACAUAUUUUUUUAGCCGCCUUCCAACACUUAUUUUUCAAGCGUCCGUUAUUUUUUCUUGCUGCUGGCAACGCCGCCGAGCCUGCGCCUUGUCCACCAUCGGUGGUGGAAACAGGACAACAAAGGGACAAUAAAUAACAAGCCAAACUGGAAUGGGCCACAACACAACAAUUGUCUCUCGCCGCCUUUAGCGGCAUCGAUUUUGAGGGGGAACACAUCCACAGCUACAUUCGCAGGACACUCACGGGGAUUUGCGAGUGCGGAAGAAAGCGGUGCAGGAACGGAAGAGAAGGCAAAACGAGUCCAGCUCGUUUUGCGGAUCCAGUUUUGAUGUCCUCUGACAGACGCUUCUACUUCGCAACGGAUCUCGGAUAUAAUGCCACAGCCGAAGUGGAGGACAAUGAGGGCGGCGGGCUCUAUACGUCCAUCUGCAAGGACCGGAUCGAGGACAAGGGAAACAACAACGAAACGGAUGUGGCAGUGGAACCGGACAAGGACGACCAGGACCAGGACCCGGACGACGCGGAAUUCCUGCAGGAUGUGCCCUACUCCUCGAGCAGCAUCGAUCGCAGCUCGGUGGGCUCCAUUCCGUGGGCGGACGACGCCAUCAAGAAGAACUUGCUGGACUGGGAGCGGGUGGAGCGGCUGCUGAGCGGGGAGGAUCCGCUGCCAGAGCAGGAGCCGGAGCUGCGCAACGAGAUAGCCGACUGGCAGAGCAAGUUCCCCAGCUUGCUGGGACGUAGGACGCGCCCGAUGCGUCACCACAGUUUCGAUAGCCAGGCGAGGGAGGACAUCGACUCGAUAUCCAAUCUCAGUCUUAAUUCCCUAGACGACGAGGACGAUGAGGAGGCGGAGGAUGGCUUCCUUACGCCAACGGCCGAGCUGCAACAGCGGCAUCAUCAGCCUAUGUCCCGUCCGUAUCUGCGUCCCAGCCAGAAGAAGCUAGUGGAUCUGCUCGAUAGAGAUCUGCGCGUCACCUCCGUCUCGGUGAAGCUGCUCAAGCGACAACGCAGUCAGCAGCACCAACCUCAGAUGCCCAUCUCGGCCACGACACAGUCCUCAGCCCGCCUGCGGAUGCCGCCCAUUCUAAACGUUCUGGACACCAACCGGCGCUUUCGGGGAUUGCUCAACAACCGCAGCUUCGUUCAACUGACCCAGGUGCAGCAAAAGGAGCAACAACAGCACCAGGCCAAGUCCGCUGUCCUGCCCCACCAGGGCAAUCGGUCUGCCUGGCACAUGCCCAUGGCCGCCAGUCGUUUCUUCAACAACAAGAACGCAAUUGUGCUGCCCUCGCUGAAUCUGGGCAGGCAUAGGGAGCUGGCCACCACCACGGGCACGUCCAGCCAGAGCAACUCAAGCGGCGGCGGCGGGCACAACAGUCACGGCCACAGCAACAGUUCCUCCAACCGAUCAACGCUGCAUCCCUUCGGACUAGCCAGCGUCUCUAGUAACACACCAUCGACGGGACGGUCCAUAUCGGCGGCAGUGCAUCAUCCGCGGUCUGAGUUCGUGCCGAGCAGUGCCUUCUACAUACCCUACAGUGCCUCUAAAUUCAAAGCCUUUAAGUAACCUCAAGGAAAUAAAACAGAAAGCAAAGGA